UCCUUUAAACUACUUCAGAGCUUAUAACGUGUCCAUAGACUCUUAACUCUUAUACUUAAGUAAUGUUUAGCUAACGUUCUUCACAGAAACGACUAUUCACGACACACACCCACUCACACCCUUAAGUUUGAACUAAAAGUAAAAUUUAAAGUGUUUUUCGUGAACAACAUCUUCCACUUCCCUCCCUGUGGUCAGCUGUGAAACCGCUAGCUGUAAGGCUGUGUCUCAAAAUGGCGGCCGUUAGAACACUAGUGCACUACCUAGGGCGCACGCGCCACUUGUUCCUGUACUCCACAGCGCGCUUAGGUGUAACCACCGGAUUGAGACGCGGCCCGUGACUUCCGGCUCCUCGUUCACAGGGAGUCGAUUCACUCAGUAUUUUUAUUUUUUUUUAGACUGAUGCUCAGUGAGCGUCGUCGGGCUCGGAAUAAAUGAAUGUUUCCGGAGACGACUGAUCGAAGCUGGACCGUUUUUCUCCCAACAUCCCGUCUGGAUUAAACCACACGCUUAUAUAUUUGAGAUACAUAGAUCUAUUUGGAAUCUCCUUGCAAAAUAUUGUUUAAAUGAAUCUUGUAAGAUUUAUGAACAGCCGGGCACCAGCUAAUAAGAGGUAUCAGCCGACAGAAUAUGAGCACGCGGCUAACUGUGCUACACACGCGCUCUGGAUCAUUCCCAGUAUUGUGGGUGGACUUUUGCUGUACUUCCUUUCUGAUGACCAUUGGGAGGAGAUUUCGGCAUGGCUCUACGGCGCCGGCUUGUCGAGCCUUUUUAUAAUUUCCACGGCCUUCCACACCAUCACCUGGAAGAAGAGCCAUAUGCGAUCCAUCGAGCAGUGUUUCCACAUGUGUGACAGGAUGGUGAUCUAUUUCUUCAUCGCCGCGUCCUACACGCCCUGGCUGACUUUACGGGAGCUCGGUCCGUGGGCCGCUCACAUGCGCUGGGUUGUCUGGGUGAUGGCCUCUGGAGGAACUACAUAUGUCUUCUUCUUUCACGAGAGGUAUAAAGUGGUCGAGCUGGUCUGCUACACAGCAAUGGGAGUGUUUCCAGCGAUGGUUAUUCUGUCUAUGGCGGACAGGUCGGGUGUGUGCGAGCUGUUGGUUGGUGGCGGGUGUUACGUGUUGGGGAUGGUGUUCUUUAAAAGUGAUGGAGUGGUGCCCUUUGCGCACGCCAUAUGGCACCUGUUUGUUGCCAUGGGGGCGGGCAUCCAUUACUACGCCAUCUGGAAGUACUUGUACACACCUAGCAAUCAACAGACCAGCACCGCUCGGUGACAAACGCACGCGCACACACACGUACACUCUCAGUUACCUGGGGAACAAAUUUGAUUGAGGAAGGAAAAAAAAAUAUUUAAUUCCAAAUUGGUUUACUGGCGGGGAAGCACGGCGACACGUACACGCUGUCCUUAUAAAUCAAUCAGGGACUAAUCAGUGGUGGCUAUUCAACAAAUUUUAAUCCUAAAGCUUAAAGUCCAUGCAUUUUUAAAUUUCACUGAAAUAAUAAUGAGCUUUUUAGAGUGAGCAACAGUUUAAAAAAAAAACUGUUGCUAUUUAACAGAUGUAUGUUGGAGCUCCAUUCAGUGCCCCGUUUAGAUCCUUAGAGUUAUAAUUGCACCUAGUGGUCAAAAAUGAGAACUGCAACAAGCAAUUAAUAGAGGCCCAUUGGGACAGUAAUCACGCUGACCCCCAUGCUUGGGAAAGGAGGAGCAGCAGACUGGACAGUUAAUAACAGGGUUGCCAGGGUUGCAUUUGUUUAUUUAUUCGAAUUUGGCUAGUUUUAAGCAAAUCAAUCGAAUCAAUUUCUGCAAACAAAGGCAAAGUGUAGUUAGUUAGCUACAGUUAGAUUUAGAUUUAUAUAGUUUUUUUAUAGACAUUCAAAGCACUUAACAUAGUAUGGGUGUUAACCACUACUAGUGUGUAGCGUCCACCUGGAUGAGGCGACGGCAGCACAUAGUACUCCAGAACGCCCUCCACACACCAGCUAUUAGUGGAGAGGAGAGAGUGAUGGAAAGGCAAAGUGUAAGUGCAGACAUUGUGUCUAUGAUGAACAGAAUAAUUUUUUUUGUAAGCCAUAUUGUAAAGAGGGAAAGAGGGAUUAUGGCGUCCAUAUGUCGGUAGUUAGUUUUUUUUCCUCUGGAAAUUCUGCUGAAACCUGGCAACCUUGGUUUAACGCUAUUAGCUCUUCUGUAUGCGUCUCGCUGAUGACGAGAAACACACCUGCUGCAUGGAAGACAGUUGAACAAAGGUACUGUAUGUCUAAAAACACUCGUGGUAGACACUCAACUUCCUGUUACAGGAUUAAAAAUUCACUAAAUAGUAGCCACAAGCGGCAUAGCCUCUCAACUUCGUUGUUGUUUCAGGCUGUGUCGUUAUUAACAAAAUCUGUGAUCUGGGGAUGAGCUGCAGCUCUGCUGGGAUUAUUGUACAUGACAUAAAAUGUUGUUGGCACGCCCUUGCUGACUUCCACUUGACUGGAACGUACUCAGGGGAACCAUGAUGGGCCAGGCUGUAGAUUUCAGGAGCAGAACCGGCCCAGACCAUCAAGAUUAAGGUAUUAAGAUAUAAAUAAUCCAAUUUCCGUUUCAGUACAAGGUUGAUCUUUUUUAUUAAUUAAGGGUGUGACACGACGACAUCUGGCAUCUGUUUAGUCCUCCAAAUAGCAAUAACUGAAUCCGUAUUCAGAUGUAUCGACUAUAUUCAGCCCGUCUCACAGAAUUUCACAGACCUCUGACUUUUUUUUUUUUUUAAACCAAAGAAAUGACCCCCUGAACUUGGAAAGCUGGGAAGGUGCCGUCAAACCAUCACGCCAGCAUGGCUCUCACCGUCAACAGUAAAUAAAACAUCACUACGUGAAAUGAGCUCGUAGCAGUAUUUACUUUAGUGCCGUCGACCCAGACAGAAUAGAUGGUUGAGUCUGUAACGCAAACUGAAAUAGACUCCUGAUCAGUAUUCGCAUGUUUCUAACAAAACACACGGAGGCAGCCGUGUAUUCACCCGACUUUGUAGCUCGAAAAUAGCGUUCAGACUUCGCACCUUCAGUUUAAGUGGGCCUAAAAUGUAAACAGAAACCUCUUAUUCAAUCCCUUAUAUAUUUCAAAUGUAAAGCUCUGUGUAAAACGGGUGCUAGGAUAGCGAAGAAAAUCCUUCAGGUGUACAUCAGCGUAGUCCAGAUUGUGUGUGUGUGUUUGUGUGUGUGUGGCGGCCUGGGAAAACCCUUCCCAAAACUACAGGCUUUCCUGAAACGAAGUACGCACCACAUGGGCUUUACAUUUCCAUGUUGUUUUUAAAAAAAAUAUAUAUAUAUAUUUCUUUAAAGCGAUCGUUGAUGUCAAAGUAUUAGCGCCCUCUUUCAGAUGAUCCAACGCUUAGUAUAUGACACGAUACGACAAGUAGCGAAUCAAAUCGAUCAGGUCUUGAUCCAGGAUGGUUCAGUUCACCACGAGAAGACGUUACGGUCAGAUGACGAGCUGCUCGUUAGAACGUAAAUUAGAAAAGGAACUAACGAACGUGAACUAAGAGCGAUUUUAGUUUAUAUUCGAACCGAAUCUUGGCUUGUAAAUACUGUACAUCUGUGGAAAAGUCGAGUUGUUUUUUUUUUUUUUCCCAGACCGCCGUACAAAUAUUAAACACGCCGUGCGAGCGCAAAUUAGAGAAUUACAAUCGUACAUCGUAGUGUAUAAUUUUUUUUUUAAACUCCAACCGAGAUAUGACGAUACUUGAAAUAUGUAUUCGCUCUUCCUGCCGCUGCUGAAACGCAGAAAAAAGCGAGGGAUUUCUCUUACGUAUUAGCGUUUAAUCCGUAGCUGGUUUUUUUUCUUUCUGUUUAUACACAGUAACAGCCGGACAAUUGUAUUUAUAAUAUCACUCGUCUGGGUGCGUUCUCAUGUUGUGUUUGUGUGAAAUGCCAAAAGUGCUUCGAGCUUCAGUCACUUCAGAGUCUCCUACUUCUGUGCCCUUUUUUUGGUUUUCCGAUAAAAAUCCGACUCUCUGGCGUUUCCGUUUGUCCCAUUUAGCCGCUAGUGUUAAGUAAUAAGGGUCUAACCUGAUCGUCCAAGUCUCGACACAGUUCCUCAGGACCCACUGUUACUUCAAACGAUCAGCUGGACCCACAGGAAGUCCACAUUUCGAUUUCGUUUGGCCGACAUGGCCAAAACUUCGUUCUCAGGGUUAACACACUGCCACCACCAUCUCUCCGAAACAUUCCACUCACUGCUGUGCAGGAAAAAAUAAAUAAUAAAUAAAUUACAUUCACAUACAGGUAGAAUAAAAUAAAUAAAUAAAUGAAUGCUAAUAGAUCAACUAUGUAUGUUACUUAACGGCUUCAUUAUUUCUUCUUCUUCUUAUUAUCUGUAAUAUUUCAAGUGAAUCUGUAGUGAAUGUAUUAGUGCAUAGUCGUAUAGAAAUAUCACGUUGAUGAGAUUUUAUUCAUACGAACGCUUCGAUGCACAACUCCAAUCUAUUUGCAGCUGACGUUGUCAGUGUGCCGAUCGGUUUAAUUUAUGAACACGAAAAAAUAAAAGUGGGUUAUAUCUCAGAAAGGUUUCGUUAAAGUUCAAAGGAAACACACAGGAAAAUAUUUAAUACCAAUGAAUGCACCAGGGCUAAAGUCAAGCUCCGGAAUCUUUCGCUUUAUAGAUUAGGCUUGUGCAAUAUUCAUUAUUUUGUUUGUUUCUUUCUUUUCCUGAUUUUAAAAAUCGCAAUAUGGGAUUUUAUGAUCCAGAGCGAGCGUUUCUACCGGUUCAUGUGCAGUCGGGAACCGCUCGAUGGCAGCGCCAAUCACUAAAGCGUCGGACGGUGGAAUGUGAGUUGAUUCUGCUGUAACGCGCAGUAAACGGUGCAUUUUCUCAUAUAAUCUUUUUUUUUUUUUACAACGUUCACACGGUUGACAUUUUCUCUGUUGAUCUGCUGUUUGAACAAAUGUAUAGGUCGUAUUUCAUAUUCAUUGACUCGAACC